AUGCAACCUCUGAAGUCUGACGCGGGCCUUGGCCUGCCGGUCACUGCGACAGUCCCUCUUGCCAGUACGCCGGGCAACAAACGCGCGGUGCUGGGUCUUCGAAGCCUUUACACCACCCUCUUGGCGACCGUGGCUUUUGCCACGAUUCAGAUGGUCAUAAAACCCACGGCGGUGUACCCUGAUUCUCUCCGUAAUGCCAGUACGCGUGCUCCGGGUGCUGAGUUCGAUUGGUUCGCGGUUGAGCCAAGCAGGGACGUCAGGUGGGUCGACUGCUAUGAAGACCAGAAGUGCGCCCGCCUUCUGCUCCCUCUCGACUACGAUCGUCCCAACGGUCCCACGACUGCUAUCGCCAUCCGCAUGAUCCCGGCCACCGACAGGGAGAACUACCGAGGCACCGUCUUCCUAAACCCAGGCGGUCCCGGUGGCUCCGGCACCAACUACAUACAACGCCGUGGCAAAGACAUGUCUACCAUUCUUGGCCCCUCGUACGACAUCCUCUCCUUCGACCCUCGCGGAAUCGGUUUCACGGUGCCUCGGAUCGACUGCUUCGACAGCAAGUCCCAGCGGGACAUAUGGGAGACUCAAGAAGGCCAUGCACUCAUUGGUACCGCGAACAGUACCGGAACGCUCCUCUACCGUGCUCGUGCGCAGCUCCUUGGCGAGCGAUGCGAGAACAAGCUGGGAGGUGAACAUGGCCUGGCUCGAUUCGUCAGCACUCCAUACGUCGCUCGAGACAUGCUCGAGAUGACACAGAAGCUUGGUCAGGAGAAGCUGCAGUACUGGGGAUUUAGCUACGGCACAAUCCUCGGACAGUGGUUCGCGACUUUGUACCCAGACAAGAUCAAACGUCUCGCUAUCGACGGGGUCGUUGAUGGACACAGCUACCGCCGCUCUAGCUAUGAGACCGACGUCGUUGACGUGGAGGCAAUCGUGGAAUCUCUCUUCACCUAUUGCCACGAUGCCGGCCCCCUCAAGUGCCCGAUCUAUGACUCCACCCCUGACCGUAUCGCCGCGAGGUUUUUUAACACUCUCAAGAGCAUCUCAGCAUCUCCCUUCCCCAUUCCCCUCGCCGAUCCCCCACUGAUCAUCACGCGCAAGGUCAUCCUCGAGAGCCUUUUCCGCGCCGCGUAUAAGCCCGUCAACACCUUCCCCCUCAUCACCCAAGUCUUCGCCGCCCUCGAAUCACACAACACCACCGCGCUCACCGCCCUCGCCCCACACAUCGCGGAUCCAACCACCUGCUCCUGCUCCGCCGCCACACUCCCCAUGGUCGGCAGCAACGAAGUCCAAUGGGCUGUCGAGUGCGCCGACAGCGACGCGUACAAGUUCGACCCCUCCCUCUACGCCUCCUUCUACGCCGAGCUCGAGUCCGUCUCCCCGCUCCUCGCGCCCGUCCACUUGAGGGCCCUAGAGUAA